AUGGAUGGGCGUAAUGCAACGUACGAGAUGACCUUCAGAAUAUUCCUUCUGGAUUAUAUCCCCGAUCAAUGCUUUGCAAAGAGACCGAUCGAUGAGUUUAUCGAACGACCAAAUUAUUUCGAAGCUAAAAUAUUUAAACGUAUAGGAGGUAUCACAUUCUAUCUAGCCAAGGCUUCAGAACUAAGACCCACAAUCCUCGAAGUCGAAUUGUCUCUUAUGUCCAACGAACAUAGUUGUGAUAACCUCUCUUUUCUGGCAUGGAUUGUUGACACUUCCUACUUCCAAGGUGCGGCGUCGCGGGCGCAUCUAUUUGUGUUUCAUUACAUAAAGCAGUCGUGUCCUCACCUCCUCUAUCUUGAGGCUCGUGCGGACCACCUUGCGGGUGACCGCAGUCUCGUAUGUUUCUUCGAUUGUCUCCGCCAUGGUUGCGUUUCGCGAACUGCGCGGGCGUCGCGCACCGAGUUUGCGGCGGUACUGAAGAGCGCGCGGUUAUUUUUAGUUUUCAGUCACCACUCCGUGUGGUGUUCGCGGGAUUUGGGGUGUAAGACCCAGAUUGAUCGGAGACGUUACCCCAACUUUGACGAAGCUACAAGGACACUGAACUCGUAG